AUGUCUUCCCAACCAAAAGAAAAAAAUGAAUACACCAAUAAUACGACAGAGAGAAAGAAUUCAGCUGGUGAAAAUCGUGGAAAAUUCAACACAUCAUCAGGAGUAGUUAAUGCCAUACAAACCGUCGGUGAUGCCGUUCAACCUUUUGUUCCAUUAUUCAGCAUGUCUAUGAAUGAGGUGAAAUCUAACCUUAAAGUGGUGAUGAAUGAAGUGGCCGCAUUAGCAUCAAGCAUGGAGAAUUUGAAUUUACAGGCCAGCAGAUCAGCGGGUAGAGCCACUACAGUGAGAACACCUUUGAACGAGGCAUACAAAGCACCCAUGGUUGACCCGAAUCAAUUAAAUGAUCCAUUUGCAUCAGAUGAUAAUGUUCGUGGUAGCAGAAAAACUGUUGUUAAAAAAUUGUUUCGUGGGCUUGAAGUUGCUUGUAAAAAAGUUCCAAAUAUCGAAAAUAACGAUACAGCACAAUCUCAAAAAGGUCAAACAGAAUUGAUCAUUCUACUUAAAUUAGGAACCUUAUGUCCGAAUAUUACAGAUAGCCAUGAGGCUAAACUUUCGAAUUUCGAAUUGAGUCGUACUGUUCAAGGAUUAUCUGCAGAAGUUAAAAACUUGUUAGACAUCGUAAGAUGUGUAACCGCUAUUCAAGAACAUGUCAUGAAUAAAAAACGCGAAACUCUUAAAAUCGCACUUUGCCCAUCAGAAAUUCCAAAUGAACUUGCUAAAAUCAUUAAAAAAGCUUGGCAAGAUGAACCUUCUGCACGUCCUUCAGAUUUAGAAGUGCAAUUGAAAUUAAAAGAACUUUAUGAACGAUUUCAGGAAACUUCUCCUCAGAUACGUCCUAAAGAUCCUUAUUGUGACAUUGAAAUCCCAUAUGUUGAAUUGACAGAAUCAAAAAUUGAAAUGCCCUCUGCUCUGAAAAAUCAACCUAAAGCAAUUGCUCUUUUAGAACAAAUUAAUGCAGAAAAAAUGAAAAAAUCUUAA